AUGAGCAUGAGAAUUGCAGAAAAAGCAAUGGAAUCGGAAUCAGCAGCAACCAAGACAUGGGUCAUCUCCGGAAUUCAAUUCAUGACUCCAUUGAAGCCAAUUUACACAAAGAAAGGAAUCAGAAAACAUCACCAAGAAGAAGAUGAAGAAGAAAGGGAAUGUUGCACCACUCCCACAACACCGGAAUCCAGGAUUCCGGUGUUGAAUUGCCCCGGUGCACCCAGGAAGAGAAAGGCGGUUUCGAGAGGUUAUUGUAAUGGCGUUAGAGAAUAUUUCAAGACUCCGGAAUUGGAAAGUGUACUCAUACGUUGUGUUGAAAGAUCAUAA